CUCAGCAAGUCCGCUCGAGGCGGUAGAGAGUCCUGAGAGAGUUCGCCUACGAUCGCGUAGCCGCGUGGUUCUCUUCUUCGCCAGAUCAUUUGCUCUUCGCGAAAAGAGAGAACGAACGAUACCCAUCCUGAUGAUGAUGUCCUACGAUUAUCGGGCACUCGUCGUGCUCGCGACGAUCCUCGCACAUAUCACCGGCACGUUGGCUGUGCGCGUCUCGGGCAACAAACAGACCAGCAAGAGGAACAGCGAUCAAACGAUAACAGACCAGUCGGCGUCGUCCUCGUUCUGGAAUCCCACUCUCAAAACCGACCUCUUCGCUCAGACUGACAGCGCGACUUUCUUCCCCACGGCCCACGGCCUGACGCAGACCCAUCCGACCAGCACGGUUUUCCGCAGCGGUUUCGGCGGGAUCGACAACCUCGGCAGUCGAGGAGUGACGAUAAGGCCGCCGAGGACGCGGCCUCUCGAUUACAACGAGCGCUCCACCGCCGAAUUGCGCCGAAAUCCAUCGCUCUCGUCGCCGGACGAGUGCGCUCGUGCCUGCCGAGAAAGCGAGCCGCCCAGGAUAUGCUAUUAUCACUUCACCCUCGAGUAUUACACCGUUCUCGGGGCAGCGUGUCAAGUAUGCACACCGAAUGCAACCAAUGCCGUGUGGAGUGAUUGUCAGUGUGUCCUGGCUGACGGAGUAGAGAGAGGUAUUUUGACAGCGAACAGAAUGAUCCCUGGCCCGAGUAUACAGGUAUGCCAGGGUGACAAAGUUGUUGUUGACGUGGAAAAUCAUAUAGAGGGAAUGGAAGUCACAAUUCAUUGGCAUGGAGUAUGGCAAAGAGGAUCUCAAUACUAUGACGGUGUACCUUAUGUAACGCAGUGUCCCAUUCAAGAAGGCAAUACGUUUAGAUAUCAAUGGACAGCCGGCAAUGAAGGUACACAUUUCUGGCAUGCUCACACUGGCAUGCAAAAGAUAGAUGGUCUCUACGGGAGCAUAGUAAUCCGACAGCCGCCGAGCAAGGAUCCCAAUAGCAAUCUAUACGAUUACGAUUUAACCACGCACGUGAUACUUAUCAGUGACUGGUUCCACGAGAGUGCUGUCGAACGUUUUCCGGGUCGUCUUGCAGUCAAUACAGGUCAAGCACCUGAAAGCGUCUUGAUCAAUGGAAAAGGUCAAUUUAGGGAUCCUAAUACUGGUUUCAUGACAAACACACCCCUCGAAGUAUUCACGAUAACUACGGGUCGCCGUUAUCGAUUCCGAUUAAUUAAUUCAUACGGAUCGGUAUGUCCUGCUCAAAUCACAGUCGAGGGUCACACUCUCACAGUCAUCGCCACCGAUGGUGAAGCAGUUCAGCCAGUACAAGUGAACACCAUAAUUUCAUUUUCAGGUGAACGUUAUGAUUUCGUCAUAAAUGCCGAUCAACCUAUCGGUGCUUAUUGGAUUCAACUUCGGUCGCUCGGAGAAUGCGGAAUUCCGCGGGCCCAGCAGCUGGCUAUCCUGCGAUACGCUCGUGGUCCUUAUCAACCGACUACUACACCGCCUACAUACGAUUUCGGUCUUCCACAGGGUGUCGUCAUGAAUCCCUUGGAUGCUAUUUGCAAUCGACCGCGCGAGGAUGCAGUUUGCGUGAGUCAAUUGAAGAAUGCCCGACACAUCGAUCAAGGCAUCCUCCAAGCACGCCCCGACGUGAAGAUCUUCCUGCCGUUCCGCUUCCUGUUCUACAGACCCGAGGAGGUCUUCCAACCGCAAACCUACAAUCGCUUCCUCGUUGCGCCAACUGGUGACCAUGUGAUUUCUCUCGUGGACGAGAUCUCGUUCACGUUUCCUCCGGCACCGCCGCUCUCGCAGAUCGAUGACAUCCCACCUGAACAAUUCUGCAACGGUGACAAUAGACCAGCUGACUGCGGUGCCAACUGCAUGUGCACACAUCAAGUCGAUAUUCCGCAUAAUGCGGUCGUCGAAGUGGUUCUUGUAGACGAAGUACAACAGCCCAAUCUGUCGCAUCCCUUCCAUUUGCACGGAUACGCGUUCAACGUAGUCGGCAUCGGCCGUUCUCCGGAUAGGAACGUGAAGAAGAUCAAUUUGAAACACGCCCUCGAUCUCGAUAAGCGAGGUCUCCUGCACAGACAGUUCAACCUGCCACCCGCUAAAGACACCAUCGCCGUUCCCAACAACGGUUACGUCAUCUUCCGUUUCCGCGCAGACAACCCGGGAUACUGGCUGUUCCAUUGCCACUUCUUGUUCCAUAUAUUGAUCGGCAUGAACCUGAUUCUUCACGUCGGGACGCAUGCGGAUUUGCCACCGAUACCACCGAAUUUCCCGACCUGCGGUGACCAUUUGCCGCCCAUCACGCCGCCUCUGUCGCUGAACGCGUUCCAUUGAUGUGCGAUUGACUGAUGAGCGACGAGCUCAAAAGACGAGCUGACUGUCCAGGGUGGAAAAAAUCUCCCCCGUUUUUUCCAGUUUUGCCCGUCCCGAAAGAAAUAUAUAUGUGCUGGACAAAAUAAACAAA